CCCCCAGCGCUGAGCUCCUGCGGGUUGGACCUGGAGACCCCGACGCUGUUCCGCGGUGACCCCGGCGGCGCUUUCGGCGCCAGCGUGGCCCAGUUCGGCACCGGCGACGACGGAUGGCUCCUGGUCGGGGCCCCCCUGGAUCGCGGCGACUCCGACUCCGGCGCCGUUUACGGCUGCGGCUUCCGCUCCGGAAAGUGCCGGAAACUUCCGCUCACAGGACCACCCGGAGCGGUCAAUUCCUCGCUGGGGUUGGCGUUGGCGGCCGGAGAGGACGCGGCGUUGGUGUGUGGCCCCACCUCCCCCCAGGUGUGCGGGGUCAAUGUCCACCUCAACGGCUUCUGCGUCCAGCUGGACUCCGCCCUGCGGCCGGUCCGGAGCCUCCCGGAGAAAUUCCCAGAGUGUCCGAAGCUCUCGCUGGACAUCGCCUUCCUGGUGGACGGCUCGGGCAGCAUCGCCAGCAGCGACUUCGAGACCAUGAAGAGCUUCAUCGCCGAGGUCAUGCGGCGCUUCCGCCGCGCCGACGCCCAGUUCUCCCUCACGCAGUUCUCGAACGCGAUCCAGACCCACUUUGACUUCCGGACCUUCCGGAACAUUCUGGACCCCGCCCGGCUCCUCCGGAACGUCCGGCAGCUCCGCGGCCCCACCCACACGGCCACGGCCAUCCGGACAGUGCU